AUGGCGGCCUCCCCUGCGGACGCGUCCCGCAGGCGGCGGGAGAAGCGACGGCAGCUGGAUGCGCGCCGCAGCAAGUGCCGCAUCCGCCUGGGUGGCCAUAUGGAGCAGUGGUGCCUCCUCAAGGAGCAGCUGGGCUUCUCCUUGCACUCGCAGCUGGCCAAGUUCCUGUUGGACCGGUACACUUCUUCAGGCUGUGUCCUUUGUGCAGGUCCUGAGCCUGUGGCCCCCAAGGGACUGCAGUAUCUGGUGCUUCUAUCUCACGCUCACAGCCGAGAGUGCAGCCUGGUUCCUGGGCUGCGGGGACCUGGGGGCCAAGAUGGGGGGCUUGUGUGGGAGUGUUCAGCCGGCCACACCUUCUCCUGGGGCCCCUCUUCAGGCCCCAAAUCUCCAGAGGAGCCAAAUCCGACCCCUCUUCCAAGUACUGACGAGAGGAGCUGGUGCCCAGAGGCCAGGAGUGGGCAGGAGCCUGCAGGUUUGGAAUCUAACUGUGAUGAGAGGGCUCAGGAGGCCAGGAUGCCCAGGGGUGUGGGACCCCCACCGGAGACCUUCCCAUCCCUCGGAGAAGAUGGGGAAGAGGAAGAGGAGGAUGAAGAGGAAAUGCUCAGUGAUGCUAGUCCCUGGACCUACAGCUCCUCCCCAGAUGAGCAACCAGAUGUCCCCAAACCACCCCCUUCCCCUGUCACCCAUGCACUUAAUGAUGGGGAGAUACCCCCGGCCCCUGCAGCCAUCCCAGCUCCUCUUGCUUCGCCAUCCUCUUCAGCAUCCUCCUUGGGUUCUGGAGCUCCUAGGCCUGUAGAAGUCAGGAUACAGCCAGAGCUCAGGGGGACCCCUCAAGCAGACCAGCAGACUGAGCCCCUGGCCAGCCCUGGGAGUCAGGCUCAGUCUGCUCUGGCCUCGGCAUGGGAUGAGGACACUGCUCAGAUUGGCCCCAAGAGAAUUAGGAAAGCUGCCAGAAGAGAGCUGCUGCCCUGUGACUUCCCUGGCUGUGGAAGGAUCUUCUCAAACCGGCAGUAUUUGAAUCACCACAAGAAAUACCAGCACAUCCACCAAAAGUCCUUCUCCUGCCCAGAGCCGGCCUGUGGGAAGUCCUUUAACUUUAAGAAACACUUGAAGGAGCAUGUGAAGCUGCACAGUGAUACCCGAGACUACAUUUGUGAGUUCUGCGCCCGGUCUUUCCGCACCAGCAGCAACUUAGUCAUCCACCGGCGCAUCCACACUGGAGAGAAACCCCUACAGUGUGAGAUCUGCGGGUUUACCUGCCGCCAGAAGGCAUCCCUGAAUUGGCACCGGCGUAAGCACGCAGAGACAGUGGCUGCCUUGCGAUUCCCCUGUGAGUUCUGUGGCAAGCGCUUUGAGAAGCCAGACAGUGUUGCAGCUCAUCGCAGCAAAAGCCACCCAGCCUUGCUCUUGGCCCCACAAGAACUAUCUGGUCCACUGGAGUCCUGUUCCAGCAUCUUGGCCUCUGCAUCCCUGGGGGCCAGUGAAGGAUCCAGGUCCUCUCUGGCUCCCCAGGCUCCCAUGCUGCUCCCUUAG